UCAGUAGCCAAAGCAGAUUUUUUUUCUUCUUCUUUUGGUAGCAAGUGCGGCAUCUCUCCCAGUCCCACACCUCUUUUUCCUCUAUCUCUAUAUCCUCUCCCCACCCCCAGCUCCUUAGUCACCCCGCUUAACCUGUUCAACGCCGAAGGUUCGCAGAGUUCUAAGGUAUGGAGAGUUAGCUGUCUCCUAAACCCACGAAAUAGUCUUACUUUGGGCUAAAGCUUCACACUUUUGCCUUAAAGCCCCCAGCCCUUUACGCGCAGACAGGUAGGGGGAGUGCGAAAACUACUGGAUCCCAGGAAGCUGGCCCCAAAGAAGGCUCCAUCCAGGAUCGCCCGCUACCGAAGAAGUAUUCCCGGAGCCCUCUGUUCGGUGGGGUGACAAUUAGCCAAAGAUUAUUUCUCUUUAUUCAGAAGCAUAACAUUGUUUGCUGAUUGCAAGAAGAUGUUUCUUUGGCUCUUUCUGAUCUUGUCAGCCCUGAUUUCAUCGACAAAUGCAGAUUCUGACAUAUCGGUGGAAAUUUGCAAUGUGUGCUCCUGUGUGUCAGUGGAGAAUGUGCUGUAUGUGAACUGUGAGAAGGUUUCAGUCUACAGACCAAACCAACUGAAACCACCUUGGUCAAAUUUUUAUCACCUCAAUUUCCAAAACAAUUUUUUAAAUAUCCUCUAUCCAAAUACAUUCUUGAAUUUUUCACAUGCAGUAUCCCUGCAGUUGGGAAAUAAUAAACUGCAGAACAUUGAGGGAGGAGCCUUUCUUGGCCUCAGUGCAUUAAAGCAGUUGCACUUGAACAACAAUGAAUUAAAGAUUCUCCGAGCUGACACUUUCCUUGGCAUAGAGAACUUGGAGUAUCUCCAGGCUGACUACAAUUUAAUCAAGUAUAUUGAACGAGGAGCCUUCAAUAAGCUCCACAAACUGAAAGUUCUCAUUCUUAAUGACAAUCUGAUUUCAUUCCUUCCUGAUAAUAUAUUCCGAUUUGCAUCUUUGACCCAUCUGGAUAUACGAGGGAACAGAAUCCAGAAGCUCCCCUAUAUUGGAGUUCUGGAACACAUAGGCCGCGUUGUUGAAUUGCAACUGGAAGAUAACCCUUGGAACUGUAGCUGUGAUUUGUUGCCUUUAAAAGCUUGGCUGGAGAAUAUGCCAUAUAACAUUUACAUAGGAGAAGCUAUCUGUGAAACUCCCAGUGACUUAUAUGGAAGGCUUUUAAAAGAAACCAACAAACAAGAAUUAUGCCCCAUGGGCACAGGCAGUGAUUUUGAUGUACGGAUCCUGCCUCCAUCUCAGCUGGAAAAUGGCUACACCACUCCCAAUGGUCACACUACUCAAACAUCCUUACACAGAUUAGUGACCAAACCACCGAAAACUACAAAUCCUUCCAAGAUCUCUGGAAUCGUGGCAGGCAAAGCCCUCUCCAAUCGCAACCUCAGUCAGAUUGUAUCUUACCAAACAAGGGUGCCUCCUCUUACACCUUGCCCAGCGCCUUGCUUUUGUAAAACACAUCCUUCAGAUUUGGGACUGAGUGUCAACUGCCAAGAGAAAAAUAUACAAUCCAUGUCUGAACUGAUACCAAGACCCAUAAAUGCCAAGAAGUUGCAUGUCAAUGGCAACAGCAUCAAAGAUAUGGAUAUCUCAGACUUCAGCGAGUUUGAAGGACUGGAUUUGCUCCAUUUAGGCAGCAAUCAGAUUACAGUGAUAAAGGGAGAUGUAUUCCACAAUCUCACUAAUUUACGCAGGCUGUAUCUCAAUGGCAAUCAGAUUGAGAGACUCUAUCCCGAAAUAUUUUCAGGCCUUCAUAACCUACAGUAUCUCUAUUUGGAGUACAAUUUGAUUAAAGAAAUCUUAGCGGGCACCUUUGACUCGAUGCCAAAUUUGCAGUUACUGUACUUAAACAACAAUCUCUUAAAGAGCCUGCCCGUUUACAUUUUUUCUGGAGCACCCCUUGCGAGACUGAACCUGAGGAACAACAAAUUCAUGUACCUACCUGUCAGUGGGGUCCUCGAUCAACUACAAUCUCUUACACAGAUUGACUUAGAGGGCAACCCGUGGGACUGUACUUGUGACUUGGUGGCAUUAAAGCUGUGGCUGGAGAAGUUGAACGAUGGGAUUAUUGUGAAAGAACUAAAAUGUGAAACACCUGUUCAGUUUGCUAACAUUGAACUGAAGUCCCUCAAAAAUGAAAUCUUAUGUCCAAAACUCUUAAACAAGCCAUCUGCACCAUUCACGAGCCCUGCACCUGCCAUUACCUUCACCACCCCGCUGGGUCCUAUUCGAAGUCCUCCUGGUGGACCAGUGCCUCUGUCGAUUUUAAUCUUAAGUAUCUUAGUGGUCCUCAUUUUAACUGUGUUUGUUGCUUUUUGCCUUCUUGUUUUUGUGCUGCGACGAAACAAGAAACCCACGGCAAAACACGAAGGUUUGGGGAAUCCAGAGUGUGGUUCCAUGCAGCUGCAGCUGAGGAAGCAUGACCACAAAUCCAAUAAAAAAGACGGGCUGAGCACAGAAGCUUUCAUUCCACAAACCAUAGAACAGAUGAGCAAGAGCCACACAUGUGGCUUGAAAGAGUCAGAAACUGGGUUCAUGUUUUCAGAUCCCCCAGGACAGAAAGUGGUCAUGAGAAAUGUUGCUGACAAGGAGAAAGACUUACUACAUGUAGAUAGCAGAAAGAGAUUGAGCACAAUUGAUGAGCUGGAUGAAUUAUUCCCGAGCAGGGAUUCCAAUGUGUUUAUUCAGAAUUUUCUAGAAAGCAAAAAGGAGUACAAUAGCAUAGGUGUCAGUGGCUUUGAGAUCCGUUAUCCAGAAAAACAACAAGACAAAAAAAACAAGAAGUCAUUGAUAGGUGGCAACCACAGUAAAAUUGUGGUAGAGCAAAGGAAGAGCAGUGAGUAUUUUGAACUGAAAGCAAAACUCCAGAGUUCCCCCGAUUACCUUCAGGUCCUUGAGGAGCAGACGGCUUUGAACAAGAUCUAGGUCAUGUGAUCUUCAUGCAGAGAACAUUUAUUUAAUGAUGAAAGUGCCUUUUGUUGACUUCUAAUUUCCAAAUACUAUAUUAUCAAUAGGCAUAGAGGCAGGUGUUUCCAAGGUGUCUCAUUAACUGCAGCUGCAAAGAUGUGUCCAGAAGAGAAUUUCCUUAAUAGAUUUUACUACAUAAAACCUAUACUGUGGAGUCCUGUGGGGAUACUGCAAACUCUAUUGCCAAAGGGAUGCUUUAUAUACAUAACACACUGAAUUUAACCUCAAGAGGCAAAUGUGUUUUGUACCCCAAUACAAAACCUUUGUCUCUUUGUGCUUUGUAAAGCAAAGUCAAGAAAACUGUACCAGUGUUCGCACCUCAGCUGGGUCCUUCAUCUUGCACGUAGAUUAAGUUGGUGGAACUGGAGUAAUCCUUUUGAUUUGUGGAAUUGUAACAACUCUGUGUAAAGAUUAUCUGAAAAGUAAAAAAAAAAGCAUGCAAAGAGAGAACAUUCGAUAGUAUUUGUAAAUUGGUAACCUUUAUGGCCUGCAUCUUGAAACUGCUGGAUUUAUAAUGUUAAAUUGUGCAAAUAUUUGUUUAAAAUAUACCAUGCAUCACAUAACUAUAAAAUAAAUUUGAACACUUUAAGCAUUACCUGUCUAUAAUACAUAAAACCUAAAAGAGAAAAAAAAAUCAAUGUGAAUUACAUAGCGUUUGUGGUGAUCUGAAUAAAUACGUGAUGUUUAUCAGAAUUAAACAUGGCUCAAAUUAAACUAACAUUAGAGUUUGUUCUCAGUUAUGUGAAAUACCCACAAUCCUUAAAGGUUGUCCAAAAUUAGCAAAGUGCUUACCAUGUGAGCGCACCCAAAGCUAUUUUUGUAACAUAAUUCAUAUUUAUGAAGUACUUUGUAUACUAAAUAGGAAAAUAUGUACUCCUUAAUAUGUAUUUAAUAUGCCUGACUUGUUUUCCUGAUCACAGGGAAUUUAUCAAUAAGUAUAAAUUUAGACAGAAAAAAUAUACCAAACUGAAACUGAAGUUUAUGUGUACAGAAAUAUUCUGGACAUUGUGAUCAGGUAUAAUUUAAAAACAAAACAAAAAAACCAAAAAACAAACAAAAAUAUUUAAAAAAACAGUUCUGUGCUAUUCUUGAGAAUUCAGCAUAUUAUCUUCAGAUUUGUUACCAACUGUGCAUUUUAAAAUAGGUCCCUUAGUUUUAUAGUAUCGUGUCUGGGGCAGUUGUUAUUUGCCAUCAGUUGUCUUGCUUUUCAGGAUUCUAGGAGCUUAACUAAAAUAGUUUUCAUGACAAAUAUUUUAAAAAGUAACGAGUAAGGUUAAUAGUUAUAUCUCGCAUCAGUAUCCUGUUCUUUCGUCAUCCUGACUACUAUCAGAUAAUCAAGUAGAACAUUAAACAUCAUGGUAACCUCAGCUAUCAAAGCCACUCUGUAAAAUGCUUUCAUUGGUCUCAGAUGAGUUCAUAGUCUGCAACUACAAAUGAUAUGCCACUGUGUUUGCUUGUGCUGUUAACUUCGGAGUGAAACUUGGUCAAAGGAAGGAGAUACUUUAUAAUGGGAGAUACAUGAAGAUUUUUAGGAGCUCCUGAUUAGCAAAGUGACAUCCCCAAACACGUUGCCUUCUUGGCCUACCUGUGUGUGUAUAUUUUUGGAGCUCCAUCUUUUAUAACUAUUGUAUUCAUCAGUAAGAUGACCAAGAAGGUAAACAACAUAGACAUUCUUCAUGAAUUUCAAGUGGCAGAUGUUUUAGUACAGUUUCCAAAAUGAUAUUAUGGUUAGAGUUGUGAUAUUAGUCCCUUUAUUGAUUACUAAAUUCAGGGUUUUCUAUGUUUGUUCCAAGAUUAAAAAAAAACCUUGGAAUUCUUGCAGGUGUGUGUGUGUGCAUACAUAUCAAUAAUUUGAAGAUUUUUUUUAAAUAGCAAAAAAAUUGUCUGCAUAUGUGUGCCGGUGCUCUUAAAACUUUAAUGUGUAAUUUCAAUUUUCAUGACAAAAUCUGUGAAAACUUUAUAUGAAUAUUUAAAAGAUACAAAUACUUGCUUUCUGAUCUUGAAAGAAAGGACACGAAGAUGUGUGCCCAACAGCUUGUUUUCAUCUACAAUUUCAUAAGGACGUUUAAUAUACCAUUACCCUGCUUGCAUGCAUUCAUGGAUUAAAGGGCUCCUAAUGCAUACUGACAGGAUAAAUAUGGAAAGGCUUCAUAGAAAGUGUUUUAGCUUAUCCUGUCAAUAACGUAUGGAUGGAUUGAAAAAUCUUAAGUAGACACUUAUGGAAGGAACUGGAAAGCUCCAUCCAUGAUCUGGGAUCAUAGGUCAUUGGGAUGAUGCCUUUUAUUCAUUGUGGUGAUGCUUUGAAGAUGUUUCAAGGUUUCUGCAGUGGUCAAUGGCAAGAGUGCCUGCCACUGUCUCAAAGCUUGCUGUAGCAUAUUGGCUAUCUCAAACUUUUCUGCUGAAAGGUAUAAACGUUCACCUUUUUUAAAACAAAAAAAGUAAUUAAAAUAUAUGUGGUUAUUUGGAAGAUCUAAUUGUAAGUGAAUUACAGUAACACAUCCUUGGUUAAGGCUGAUAUAUUUUUCUUAACUGAAGUCAUUGUGCCUACAUUAUACAGUGUAUACUAUUUUGCACCUGUCUCUCAUUAGUUCUACUUGUAUAUUUUAUGAUAACAUAGUUAGGCAUAAGUUUUUAGUUGAGUACAAGAGCAGUUAAAAUACUGUAUCUACAUUUUGUUGGCUUCAGCUAUAACCUUGAUGUUAGUUUAACCCCUUGAGGAAUGAUAUAUAUGUCAGUACAGCAUUUUUGGCAGAAUUUGAUUCAAAUCUAGAGAAUCCAAGAAGUGCUCAUUUCUAAUGUGGUCUGACACAUCAUGGGCUUCUUGGCACUGUAUCAUGUGCUUGGACUCUGUUAGAAUGGUUGCAAAGAAAAUAGAGUGUAUGAAUUCAGUGAAGGGGUUGAGAUAAUAUAUUAUGUCCAUGUAAUAUAAAUCAAGUUUUAAAUUAUUUUUUUAUGAAAUCAAUAAAGAUGAUUCAAUUCUUUAAAAGUAAAUCUUUGUGUAAUUUUAUGAGAAAGCAGCUAUUAAAAUACAUUGAUUGAAGUCUAUAAGGCAAUUUAUAUUCUAUAUUUAGUUUUCCAUUCUGCAUAACAAACUGAAUAAAUAUAUUAAUUAGAAAAUCAUUUAAGACCAGCUUUCUUUUGUUGCUUUUAAAAACCAUUUAAUUAUUUUAAGCCAUAAGGAUGCAUACAUUAUACAGGGCAUGGCCUCAUGAGUAACAUCAACAGGUAUUGUGGAAAUAACAGAACACAUCUAGAAAUGUAUGGCAGUAAUAUUAAUUUAUAAUAUCUUUUGCAUGAUUUGUACAUUGACAUUGUAUGAAAUGAGCACAGUGAGUUAUUUUUUUUGUUAUUGUUGUUGCAUCCAAAGAGCUGGGGAGAAAUAUAUUAAGAAUGUAUUUAUAAUCACUAUUUUGAAAUAAAGAAAAUACAUUGUAUUGUUUUUACCCUGAUUUGAUUAUUAGUAUUUUAGGUUAGUUUAUAAGACAAAAAUCAAGUAAUGCUAUAAAAGAUAAUGUAAAUCACAGAAAGGAACUGUUUUAAUGACUUUUGUUUGUUUUAAUAACAUCAAAUUAUUAGAGAAAAUUUAUUAAAUGCCAUUUUAUGAAAGUAUUAAUAAAAUUGUUUGCUACAAUGGUAUUUCUGAAGCAAUAGUUUGUUAAAUAUAUUUAUUUAUCUUUCCAUUAUUUUUCAGAAGAAAUAAAGCAGUAACCAAACCGAUCUUUUCACCUAGAUUUGAGGGUAAGACAUAGAGCUUUAGAAUACUGUUUGUAUUCAACUUAAUUGCUAACUCUAUGUUAAGAGAUGCUUUCUUUUCAAACAUCUUUGCAAUCUGUGUUCCUUUCCACUGACAGCUUCUUUAGAGAAGAGUCAGGUAGUGCCAAGAUCAACAUACUUUGAUUCUUGCUCAUUGCCAUUAAUCAGUUGGAAUCUGACAUAACUCUAGGCAAGCUAAUAUAAUAUUCAGUCUUAACUAGCUAUUGAAAUACCUUUAGCAAAACUUCAAGACCCCUGUAAUCAUGGCCAACUUGACUAGUUACUGAUUACCUACCCAUUGAUGGGGUGGAGUGUGGUUUUUAUUUGUUUAUUUUCCAAAAUGACCAAACCAUCAAUGUAUUGUUUUUCUAGGGUUAUUAUGGUUGAGAAAAAUGAGCCAAUUGCAUUAUGGUUCAUUCGAGGGUAGCAAGGACUAUAAACAGACUGCAUUAAGCAAUAAAGUGGAUUUAAGGCAUGUUUCCUUAUGGGAAGAUCUAUAAAGAGAGAGGGAAACAAAGAGAACAUAAAUUAAGAUUGUUGUGGUCUUAGGUCUAUACCUAGCUGUGCUGAAGAUAUAAACAGUAUAGGUAGCCUAUACAAAUACUUUUGGAUUAAAUGUUUUAUAUAUCACAGUAUAUACAUUACGUGAUUGUGUGACUUUUUUUAGUUCUUUAUGAGUAGUGAGCACAGAGCACUGGGUCCAGCCACUCGAUUAUGUAGACAAGUGGCAUCAAAUGAAAGCUUGGCUUCCUUUCCAGUGCUCAUUAAAUUAGUCACCAUGGUCAGAUGGAUUAAACUAAAAUAUCCUGUUUGUGGCUUCACUUACUGGGAAUUACUGAUGACAUAUAUCAAGUUCACCUGAUAAUUGUUAACCCUAAACUUCAUAUUUACUGGGGAGUUGCCCUUUGUUAAAUUAAAAGCAAAUUAGAGGUUAAAUGAAUUUUAAUAGCUUAUUGUGUGGAAAGCUAUCCUUAAUCUAAUUUUGAAUUUCAUUUUGUUUCAGUUCCCACUGGUUGACAAGAUUGCAUUUUAGAAGGGGAAAUCAAGGAAAGCAAACUGAAUUGCCUAUCUUAUAUGAAAAACUAAGACUUUUUAAUUUUUAAAGGUUAUUUUUAGCCUGUUGUUUUUAUGUCUAGAGAGGGAAAAUGAAGUGGGGCUCUGAGACAACUACUGAACACUUUGAGCCAAAUAAUUGCUAUUGAGAAUAAAACAAUUCAAUUUUUUUAUUAAAUCAUAAUGACUAGAUCUACUGACUCUGGAAUCCAGAACCAGGAAAGAAUUACUCAGACCUCCACCUCAGUUUGCUUUUGUAGACAUACUGGAUAAAUAGAAAUUCUUAUGAUUUUUAAUAAUAUAUCAAAAUGAGAAAUUACUUGUUUAAAAAGCUCAUGAAUAAGGCCUUCAGAGAAAUGAUAUGAAUAUGUAAUGAAAAAAUAUAAAAUAUCACUUUUAAAUUAGCUGUAGGAAGGAAAUAGUAUUCUAAAGUUCUUCAACAACAUAUUUCUCUUAUUUGGCACCUCAUAAAGUAGAUAAUUUUAUAUGCUGCUGGUUUGCAGCCUAAGGAGGCCAUGUUGUACAGUUGAUACUGCUCAUGGAAGCCUUUGAAAAUCACAGUAAGCUCUGUUCUCCCUAUGAAAAAUUGCAAUGUAUAUUUCAAUCAUUGUUCCAUGUAAACUGAACAAUUGUGGUAAAAUUCUGGAGUUGAUAUCAGUACUUUUAAUGCUGUUUUCACUAAUAAAAGUCUUUUCUUAUA